AUGAAAAAUGAACCGUUCUUUUUUAACAAUCAUUCAGUUUACUAAGAAUACUCUGUUUAAGUAAAUAAUUCAAUGAAAAUGCUGAAACAUCAAGUUAUUCUAAACAAUGACAAUACAAAUAAAUAAAUACGGUGAGUUAUUUUAGUAUUUAGUUACGAUUAUAAACAAUUUCGGGGACAUUAAAUUUUACCUGUAUUAGUUUUUAGAUUAAGUAGUGAAGUUGCCAGCAUGUUCAAUAAAAACUUAAUAUUUUUGCUGCAAAUUUUUGUCUUGGUGAUGAUCUGUAUGCCGGUAAGCUGUGAUGUAUCUACAAAUGAAUUAAGAAAUUCAAGUCCUCAUCAGCUAAUAGAAAGUUUAAAGGAAGAAGUCCUCCAAAAAGAAAAGGAACUGAAAAAAGCCGAAGAAGUUAACAAAAGUUUUGAAAAAAUGCUUCAACUGCUGAACAUAUUAGGACAAGUCGAUUUGUUUUUGACUGACAGAACAAAGGAUAUGAUUAAAAAGCUCGCUAUACUCAUAGAGGCUGAUGAUGGAACGUUUAGCAACGAAUUUAAUAGACGUCAUUCAGAAAAAAUGUAAAAUAAAUAUUUUCAAUACGA